AUGGGGCGACUAGGCACAUCACCGGGCUCCAACAAUGUCCUGACCAAUUCCAACUCCUUCAAUGCCAAUCGCACCAACAUCUCAAAAGAGACCAUUCCCGAAUCCCCCAGAACCGAAUCAAUAUCGAGCUUCCCCGUCAGGAAAAAGGGUGGCGCUGACGUAGAGGCACCAGCCCUAAACCCAGACAAGCAGACGGAUCAUGAAGAGCCCAAGACUAAGAUGCUCGCCGGGGGCCCAACAGACAAGGCAGCAGUUAAGAAUGGUGCUUUGUAUGAAAGCGGAGGCUUUGGCGAGAGUCUGAAUGGUGCCGAUAGCGGGAAACCAAAGGCGAAAGCACACACCAAGGAGGCACCCAAGUCGACCGCGUCCAAGACCAAAGCUGCACCAAUUGUGACUGCUGCGAAGGCAGCAUCUAAGCCGGCAAAGUCUCCUACCGUGAAGACGCCGACAACUCCGACGAUAACACAACACAAACCUCCUACCAAGACCGCAGAGAAGAAGGUUGCCGAACCGACAAAAACUGCCACUCCAAAGGCUUCUGUCUCCGCCACCAGCACCAAGCCUACAGCCUCAACUCCCUCUUCUACAAGGAAACUGGCACCUGUGACGAUCUCCCCUGCAAAUACAGGCUUUGUCAAGCCCAAGGUCAAAUCUCCUACACGACCAGUCAAGCUACCUCCAGGCUUAACAACCCACACAGCUGCAUCAGGGUCGAAAGUCAAUGUGCCAAGAUCACUGUCUAGGCAAUCCGGCAGCCUCCACUCAGCACACCCACCUGUUGGCCGCUCUCCCAGCAGGGCGAGCAUCUCUACGGUUGCAUCAACGGCCACGGGGAAGAACCUUAAGAGGCAGUCUUCUGUCAUUGGCCGGCCACGCCCCAGCUUGGGACCCCCUCCAAAGCAGCCGGCUAGGGACCAUCCGCCCACCAAGAGGGAGUCAGCGGUGGACGAGGGCUUCCUCGCCAGGAUGAUGAGACCCACUCAGGCGAGCAGCAGCAAAACGCACGACAAGGCGCCGGUAACGCCGCCCAGGAAGGUGGCGGCACCGGUCAAGAAGACUCUGGCAAAAGAUGUCCACCAUGUCAAGAAAGAUCCGGUGGUCAGGAAACUCGUGCCUAAGGUGGUUGCGCCCGCCGCGGCUCCGGAGAAGCCCAAGGAGGAGACAUCGGCAGCCAAGGAGAUUGCUCCUGUGGUUGAGCAAACGGCUUCUGCUGAGGAGGCAAUAAGCGUUGCUAAGGAGGUAGAGGGCGACGUCGCCCUGCCCGAGGAGAAGGACGCCGAGCCGGAGGUCGAGACUCAGGUUGAGGAAGAGACCCCGGUUGAAGAGCCGACUCCAGUGGUCCAAAAGGACGUUGAGAUCGCACCAGCACCGGAGCAGCCAGAAUCCCAGCUGGAGGAGUCGCAACCCGCGGAGAUCCCCCGAGCGUCGGAAGCCGCUCCUGAAGAAUCUCAUGAGCCGGAGAUAGAAGAGGCUGCUGAGCCGCUCUUGAACGGAGAUCACAAGGAGACAGAAGAGAACCCGACGGAGGAGCCAGUUGAAGAGGCCGCACUUGAGACUGAGCCAGAGGAAAAGCCCGAGCCUAUCAUUGAAGCUCCAAUUGCUGAAGAACACGAGGAGGAGGAGGAGGAGGAGGAGGAGAAGGCUACAAACAGUGUAGACUCUGAGCCUGAGGCUGCCGUCAAGGCCGAGCCUGAAGCCACUGCUGUGUAA